UUUUCCAACUCCAACUCCAACUCCUCCUCCUCCUUCAAGAAAGCACUAGAAGCGGAAGCGGAAGCGGAAGCGGAAGGUCGCCGGAAUCGGAUUCUCAAUUCGCUCCGAUGUCGUCUCCGGCAGAAUUCUACAAUUCGCUUCCGCCAAUAAGCAAAGCUUUUGGAACCAUAUGCGUAGCAACAACAGUGGCAUUUCAUUUGGGAUUGUUCAAUCCUUACUACGCUGCAUUAAUGUAUGAACCAGUAUUCAAACAAUUCCAGGUCUGGCGGCUUUUCACUAAUUUCUUUUUCCUAGGGAAGUUCUCUGUUAAUUUUGGAAUUCGUCUGUUGAUGAUAGCCAGAUAUGGAGUUCAACUUGAGAAGGGCCCAUUUGAAAGGCGAACAGCAGAUUUCCUAUGGAUGAUGAUUUUUGGGGCGUUCUCCUUAUUGGUUUUAGCCGCCAUCCCUAUACUAUGGACUCCCUUCCUGGGGGUUUCUUUGGUUUUCAUGCUUCUAUACGUAUGGAGUAGAGAGUUUCCAAAUGCGCAAGUCAACAUUUACGGACUGGUAGCUCUGAAGGCGUUUUACCUACCAUGGGCUAUGCUUGCAUUGGAUGUUAUAUUCGGUUCACCUAUGUUGCCAGACCUUCUCGGGAUCCUUGCUGGACAUCUCUAUUACUUCCUGACCGUGCUGCAUCCUCUUGCUGGUGGGAAGGACAUGCUAAGAACUCCAAGAUGGGUACACAAGCUCGUCACAAGAUUGCGGUUGGGACAGCCGGCGCAAGUUCGCUCGCAACCAGAGAUGGCAACUGGGACGGCUUUUAGAGGAAGAAGCUACCGGUUGAACAGAUGAUCUUUCUUUCUGGUAGCUUGGAAAGUGAUUGUGAAUUACUGCUUUCUUCUACUUAGAAAAUAGCAUCAGCAGGAGAAACGGAAAAUCUUUUUGUAAGAAACUAGGCUUAAGUCAUUAAUCAAUAGAGCUGAUUCUUUACAUCCUUACUGCUCUUUUGCAGCUUGCUUUGUAACAUCAGUGGUUUCUAAAGAACUUCUACUUAUUUACAUC